UUUUGCUGGCAAAUCGAUAUUAUUUUUAAAUUUGCUUUUAUCCUUAGAAUAGAUAUUUAAACAUGACUGUUUUUUCUAGAGUGAACUUGGUACUUUGUGAAACCUAACUUGGUCAUAGUUAGUAUAGGAGUUGUGUAAGGAUUAAGGGUUUUAAUAGCACAGCUUGACUUGUUUAAGGGUUUGGUUUAAUAAAUGAGUAGAGCCCUCUGCAAGUGAAUAUGUAUAAGAAAAGUUGAUAAGAGGUCUUCCUGAGCAAAAACUAGAAUUUGAAGGUGAGCCCUCUCGCUUUGCUGUAUAAACAGUGACACAUCUUGUAGUGGCAUAAAAGGUCUAGUCCAAGGAUGUUCAGCAUGGGAGCUGGGAUUCCAUGCCCUCAUUUUCCUAUGGCAUCACCUUAUCAGUUCGCCUGCAAAAAUAACAAGAGCCUAUCCAACUUCAGUAGAGAAAUUUGAUCUAAACAUGAAAAAUCUGAAUUUAUUUACCAUUAGUGGAGCACCCAAAUGAAAGGAAAAGUUUCAGUAGUUUAUUCUUGGUUUAGCAAAGCUUAGAUCUCAAGAAGCUAGACCCUUUUCCUGUGGCCAUAAAACAGUGUCCCUUUCUUUUGGACAAUUCUGUGUCAAAUUCAUUCUUUCCUCUGCUUCAGACCUAGUCACCUGUUGUCAGGCAUUGGGCAAGUUACAUUGCUUUUCUGAGCCUCAAUUUCAUUUGUAAGAGGGGAAAUACCAUCUUUUCAUGGUGGUUGUGUGAAACGGCACUUAAUGUACACUCAAUAAAUGCUGGAUUUUAUGAUGUUAUCAAACCUAAGCACCACCUCUCUUCUAUUAAAACCCUCCCUCAGACAUAUUGAUGCACCAGUACAAUUAAUUCCCCUGACCCUGCCUUUGUCCUGUGCCAUUGAGUGAGUUAUGGCCUCAGCACAUCUGUAGUUGAUUAGCUUACAGCCUUAAUCAUGCUAAUGUAACGAUCUUCCUAAGACUUGGAUUUUAAGUGAAUCACCUGCUGUUUAAUUAUUUGACAUACUUCUACAGUUAGGGUUAUUACUGUUCAUUUUUAAAAUUUUCAUCUUAGAAAGUAAUCUUAUCUUCUGUGAGAAAUAUCUUUAUCCAGCGUUAGUGAUAAUCAGUUUAACGUCAGAGGAUAUGUUUUUCUUAUUAUCAAAUUAAUCUAAAGUCUGGCUCCUAAAUUAAGUUGUUUUCUCCUUUGUUGGUAGAUAAAUCAUUCAUCAUGUGAAAACGUUUUAGCUAUUAUUUCUCUUGCUAUUGGGGGAGUUACUGAAGCUUAGUGGUGAAGAAAACAGACUGUGGAGCCAGACUGCCUGGGUAUUUGUACAGCAUCUACACCUUUUGUAUUGUUGGGAGAUGUUUUGGAUUGCCUUCCUUUGGAUCAGUGUGACACAAUAUUCACUUUUGUGGAAAAAAAUGUUGCUACUUGGAAAUCAAAUACAUUCUAUUCUGCUGGGAAAAAUUAUUUACUACGUAUGUGCAAUGAUCUCUUACGAAGAUUAUCAAAAUCCCAGAAUACGGUCUUCUGUGGACGAAUUCAGCUCUUUUUGGCCAGACUUUUCCCUUUAUCUGAGAAGUCAGCACAUGGAGGACAGAGAAGAAGGAAUGGAUGUGGAGGAAGGUGAAAUGGGGGAUGAUGAAGCUCCAACAACUUGCUCCAUUCCAAUUGAUUACAACCUGUACCGAAAAUUUUGGUCACUUCAGGAUUACUUUAGGAACCCUGUGCAAUGCUAUGAGAAAAUUUCAUGGAAAACUUUUCUCAAGUAUUCUGAAGAAGUUCUAGCUGUUUUUAAGAGUUAUAAAUUAGAUGAUACUCAGGCCUCAAGGAAAAAGAUGGAAGAAUUGAAAACAGGAGGAGAGCAUGUAUAUUUUGCAAAGUUUUUAACAAGUGAAAAGCUGAUGGAUUUACAACUGAGCGACAGUAACUUUCGUCGACACAUCCUGUUGCAGUAUCUCAUUUUAUUCCAGUAUCUCAAGGGGCAGGUCAAAUUUAAAAGUUCAAACUAUGUUUUAACUGAUGAGCAAUCACUCUGGAUUGAAGAUACUACAAAAUCAGUUUAUCAACUACUAUCUGAAAACCCCCCUGAUGGAGAAAGAUUUUCAAAGAUGGUAGAGCAUAUAUUAAACACUGAAGAAAACUGGAACUCAUGGAAAAAUGAAGGCUGCCCAAGUUUUGUGAAAGAAAGAACAUCAGAUACCAAGCCGACAAGAGUAGUACGGAAGAGAACGGCUCCAGAGGACUUCCUAGGGAAAGGACCCAACAAAAAAAUUCUGAUGGGCAAUGAGGAGUUAACAAGGCUUUGGAAUCUCUGUCCUGAUAAUAUGGAAGCCUGUAAAUCAGAGACAAGGGAAUAUAUGCCAACUUUGGAGGAAUUCUUUGAAGAAGCCAUUGAACAGGCAGACCCUGAAAACAUGGUUGAAAAUGAAUACAAGGCUGUGAACAAUUCUAAUUAUGGUUGGAGAGCCCUGAGACUGUUAGCACGGAGAAGCCCUCACUUCUUUCAGCCAACCAACCAGCAGUUUAAAAGUUUGCCAGAAUAUCUCGAAAACAUGGUAAUAAAGCUAGCCAAGGAAUUACCACCUCCUUCUGAAGAAAUAAAAACAGGUGAGGAUGAAGAUGAGGAAGAUAAUGAUGCUUUACUGAAGGAAAAUGAAAGUCCUGAUGUUCGGCGAGACAAACCUGUAACAGGGGACCAAAUAGAGGUAUUUGCCAACAAACUGGGUGAACAAUGGAAGAUUCUGGCCCCCUACUUGGAAAUGAAAGACUCAGAAAUUAGACAGAUUGAGUGUGACAGUGAAGACAUGAAGAUGAGAGCUAAGCAGCUGCUAGUCGCCUGGCAGGAUCAGGAGGGAGUGCACGCGACACCCGAGAACCUGAUCAAUGCACUCAACAAGUCUGGGUUAAGUGACCUUGCAGAAAGUCUAACUAAUGACAAUGAGACAAAUAGUUAGCUUUUUUUUUUUAUUAUUAAAACUGUGAUAAGCUUUUGUUACCAAGCAGCAUUUGAUAAGAGGUCCACUGGUUUUGGUAAACAAUAAACAUUUUUAUAACAGUU